AUGAAGCUAAGUGAAAAAAUCUUACUUGGCUCGGCCGGUACUGCUGGGGCAGGGGUUAUUGCGUGGAGAACUAUGUUCCCCUGGAUUCGGGAUGACCUUAAGGUCAUCAAAUUAGUCAGGCAGAUAGGCAAAGAAAUUCAAGCUUCACAGUCACUUCUCAUUGACAAGUUUGAAAAGUUUGCAGCACAGAUUCCACACAAGCCAUUCAUAAUCUUUGAGGAUAAUCUGUUCUCAUACGAGCUAGUGGAUCAGAUGGCAUGCAGAGUCGCAAAUAUUGUCAAAUCCUGGGGUCUGGGACCACGUGACUGUGUUGCAAUGAUAUUUCACAAUGAACCAGCGUUUCUGUGGACCUUUCUAGGUCUCCAAAAGUUAGGAAUCACAGCAGCGUUAAUCAACAGUAAUUUAAAAAUGCAUCCCUUGAUUCAUUCAGUUCUUGCUGCAAACACAAAACAUGUGAUUGUUGGUUCAGGAGAUGAUUUGCUGGGAGCAAUAACAGAGGUGCUGGACGGCCUGGGAAACCAAAAGAUAUACGUACAGGGAUUGGGUUCUCUACCAGCGCCCACUGGUGUGCACUCGUUUGACCCUCUCUUGCAGGUGACUCUACCAGUAGCUAUAUCGCCAACCGUUAGGGCCGGCUUGACAUUGGCUGAUCUGAGCUGCUAUAUUUACACAUCCGGUACAACAGGAACACCAAAACCGGCGUUGAUAUCAAAUGGCAGACUUUCCAGAAGUGGUAUUACUACCAGAUGUCUCACAUCCUUGAAACCCGAAGACAGAUACUAUGUAGUCUUGCCAGUGUUCCAUUCUGCAGCAUGGAUGGCGCUUUCUGCAUGCAUUCAAACAGGUGCAACUGUCGUGUUGAAGCAAAAAUUUUCUGCGAGUCAGUUUUGGCCAGACUGCAGACGACAUAAAGUUACAGUGAUACACUACAUCGGGGAGCUGUUCAGAUAUCUCAUUGCUCAACCACCGAGCGAAUUAGAUACUCAGCAUAGUGUCCGGGUGGCUUUGGGAAACGGUCUCAGGAAGGAUAUAUGGGUGGAAGUAAGCAAGCGAUUCAAAAUUCCAUUGAUUGCCGAGUUUUAUGGGGCGACAGAAGGUGUCACUGCCAUUUGUAAUAUUUUCAACAAGCCUGGCGCAGUUGGAAGAUUAUCCCCUUUACUGAAUAAACUAGAUGAAUACCCAAAAGCGCUUGUAAAAUUCGAUUAUGCAACUGCCGUACCACUGAGAGACAAAAAUGGGCGAUGCAUCAGAGUUAGCGUUGGUGAGCCCGGUCUGUUCAUAGCCAAAGUUCCAGAGUAUCUAAUCCAAAAUGGACAGUUCCGGAUUUACCAAAGUUCAGCAGAAGCCAACGAAGCCAAACUUGUAAGGGAUGCCUUCGAGCCAGGAGACAUCUACAUGAACUUCGGCGAUGUCCUGGUAUGGAAAGGAGAAAAUGUGUCUACGACAGAAGUUGCCAACGUAAUCACGGCGCUAGAGUUUGUUCAUGAUGCAAAUGUUUAUGGAGUAGAAAUCCCGGGUAAGGAAGGACGAGCUGGAAUGAUGGCGCUGACCUUAAAUGAAGGACACAAGCUGGGUCCAAAGGAACUGAAGGAGUUGUACGAACAUGUAUGCCAGGAGCUUCCAUCUUAUGCCAGGCCGAUUUUUGUACGUCAUCUUGACAACGCAAUCAUUACUAGCACGUUUAAGCAACAGAAAUUUGAUCUCGUUAAAGAAGGUUUUGACAUCAACAAAGUAAAGGAUCCACUGUACUAUCUGGACUCAGAACGUAGCACCUACAGUCCCCUGUCUGCCAGUGACCUGACCAAGUUCAUAUCAUCCCGACUGUAA